AUGAAUUGUUAAGAUCAUACUUUGAAUCCGAUUUCAUUAAUUUGUGUUGCAUUACAUAAGUGCUAAAGAAAGCUUUGUGUUGAUUGUUUCUAUGACCAUGGGGUUGAAACUAAGUAUUUACUUCCAAUCCAGAAAUUUGAAGCGCAACUAUUAAAGUAGAAGGAAGAAGUAAAAUUCAUAGCUAAAAUUUAGUUGACAUAAUCGCACAUGAAUUUAAAAUAAAUGCUGAGCGAAAGAGAGAUAUUCUUAAAAAAUUUAUGGGAGAAUAUGAAUCAAUCGAUCUAAACGAUUUAUGAUAUGAUUGAGAGAGAAGAUGAGAAAUAUCUUAAGUUGAUUAAAUUUGAUAUUUCUCCUUAAGAUUUACCAUAAGCAUAGAUAGACAAGCUAGUGAAUAUCUUAUCAGGAAACGAUUUAAGUAUUUGGAAUUCUGAAAAAAGCUUUUAAUUAAGAUAAUUAAACUAAAUCGAUACUUUGUUUAUAAAAGAAACUUAAAAAUUAAUUUAAUCAAUCCAAGAUUAAUUUUAAGCAGUCUUUUGGUAUAAUAAAACUCAUUAAUAUGAUGGUUUAAAAAAGUAAUUUGGAGGAUUAAAGAAAAUAAAAUUCUAAAUUCAUAUUAAUGAAAAUAGAUAACUGAAUUAUAUUCAUAAUGGCGAAAUUAUUUACACGUAAUAUUUAAUAUAAUAGCUUAAAGACUUUAACAAAACGUAAUAUUUUAAAAACCUAAUAUCAUAAAAAAUUUAGAAGUGCUUAAGCAUUUUAAAUGGAUUGCUGUGAAUGGGGAAAACUCUUAAAAAGUAGGAUUAUGGACAGCAUUAUGGAGAGGAGAAAGAUUGAUAGGUUGUGGUGGCUUAUAUUCUGUAGAUGGGAAAAAAUAAGGUAAAUGGAAAGAAAUCAUAGAAAAUUAUAAUGAGUAUGUGUCAGAUUAAAUAAUAUAGCUUAGCGAAAGUUUAUGAAGUAGGAGAGUAUGAAAAUAACCUACGUAAAGGAGUAUGGAAAUACAUUUAUAAUGAUCAGGAAAUGUAUAUUUAUUAUAAAAGACUAAUUAGAGGAAGAGGUAAGUAUAAUAACUUUGGUUAAAAAAAUGGAAAUUGGAUUGAAAUAACCAAAAGUUUCAUAGAAUAAUCUUAAGUAACUUUAACUGGAGAAUAUAGAAAUGGAAAUAAAAUAGGCAAAUGGGAUAUAUGGUUUAAAUACUAAGAAAAUAAUUAAAAGAUGUAUAAAAAUAAUAUGUAGUUUUCAAAAUAAUUAAAUUGAACAAAAUUAGAGGAGGAGGAAUAUAUGAUAGUGUAGGCUUUGGUCGGAAGAUAGGUCAUUGGGUGGAAAUAUUAGAUAAUUUUAAUAAUUGCAAAUAAAUGACUUGGAAUGGAUAAUAUAAAAAUGGAAAAAAAAUAGGUAGAUGGGAUAUUUGGUAUAAGAACAAAAAAAAUAAUGAAAAGAUGUAUAAAUAUAAUUUUUAGUUAAAAUUAAUUUAUUUGAACUUAUAAAGUGGUGGAGGAUAUUAUGAUGAUGCUGGUAAUGGUAUCAAAAUUGGAAAUUGGUUGGAAAUUUCAGAUGAUUUCGAUAAUGACAAAUAAGUUACUUUGAAUGGUGAAUAUAAAAAUGGAAAAAAAGUAGGUAGAUGGGAUAUUUGGUAUAAGAACAAAGAAAAUAAUGAAAAGAUGUAAAAAUAUAAUUUUUAGUUAAAAUUAAUUUAUUUGAACUUAUAAAGUGGUGGAGGAUAUUAUGAUGAUGCUGGUAAUGGUAUCAAAAUUGGAAAUUGGUUGGAAAUUUCAGAUGAUUUCGAUAAUGACAAAUAAGUUACUUUGAAUGGUGAAUAUAAAAAUGGAAAAAAAGUAGGUAGAUGGGAUAUUUGGUAUAAGAACAAAGAAAAUAAUGAAAAGAUGUAAAAAUAUAAUUUUUAGUUAAAAUUAAUUUAUUUGAACUUAUAAAGUGGUGGAGGAUAUUAUGAUGAUGCUGGUAAUGGUAUCAAAAUUGGAAAUUGGUUGGAAAUUUCAGAUGAUUUCGAUAAUGACAAAUAAGUUACUUUGAAUGGUGAAUAUAAAAAUGGAAAAAAAGUAGGUAGAUGGGAUAUUUGGUAUAAGAACAAAGAAAAUAAUGAAAAGAUGUAAAAAUAUAAUUUUUAGUUAAAAUUAAUUUAUUUGAACUUAUAAAGUGGUGGAGGAUAUUAUGAUGAUGCUGGUAAUGGUAUCAAAAUUGGAAAUUGGUUGGAAAUUUCAGAUGAUUUCGAUAAUGACAAAUAAGUUACUUUGAAUGGUGAAUAUAAAAAUGGAAAAAAAGUAGGUAGAUGGGAUAUUUGGUAUAAGAACAAAGAAAAUAAUGAAAAGAUGUAAAAAUAUAAUUUUUAGUUAAAAUUAAUUUAUUUGAACUUAUAAAGUGGUGGAGGAUAUUAUGAUGAUGCUGGUAAUGGUAUCAAAAUUGGAAAUUGGUUGGAAAUUUCAGAUGAUUUCGAUAAUGACAAAUAAGUUACUUUGAAUGGUGAAUAUAAAAAUGGAAAAAAAGUAGGUAGAUGGGAUAUUUGGUAUAAGAACAAAGAAAAUAAUGAAAAGAUGUAAAAAUAUAAUUUUUAGUUAAAAUUAAUUUAUUUGAACUUAUAAAGUGGUGGAGGAUAUUAUGAUGAUGCUGGUAAUGGUAUCAAAAUUGGAAAUUGGUUGGAAAUUUCAGAUGAUUUCGAUAAUGACAAAUAAGUUACUUUGAAUGGUGAAUAUAAAAAUGGAAAAAAAGUAGGUAGAUGGGAUAUUUGGUAUAAGAACAAAGAAAAUAAUGAAAAGAUGUAAAAAUAUAAUUUUUAGUUAAAAUUAAUUUAUUUGAACUUAUAAAGUGGUGGAGGAUAUUAUGAUGAUGCUGGUAAUGGUAUCAAAAUUGGAAAUUGGUUGGAAAUUUCAGAUGAUUUCGAUAAUGACAAAUAAGUUACUUUGAAUGGUGAAUAUAAAAAUGGAAAAAAAGUAGGUAGAUGGGAUAUUUGGUAUAAGAACAAAGAAAAUAAUGAAAAGAUGUAAAAAUAUAAUUUUUAGUUAAAAUUAAUUUAUUUGAACUUAUAAAGUGGUGGAGGAUAUUAUGAUGAUGCUGGUAAUGGUAUCAAAAUUGGAAAUUGGUUGGAAAUUUCAGAUGAUUUCGAUAAUGACAAAUAAGUUACUUUGAAUGGUGAAUAUAAAAAUGGAAAAAAAGUAGGUAGAUGGGAUAUUUGGUAUAAGAACAAAGAAAAUAAUGAAAAGAUGUAAAAAUAUAAUUUUUAGUUAAAAUUAAUUUAUUUGAACUUAUAAAGUGGUGGAGGAUAUUAUGAUGAUGCUGGUAAUGGUAUCAAAAUUGGAAAUUGGUUGGAAAUUUCAGAUGAUUUCGAUAAUGACAAAUAAGUUACUUUGAAUGGUGAAUAUAAAAAUGGAAAAAAAGUAGGUAGAUGGGAUAUUUGGUAUAAGAACAAAGAAAAUAAUGAAAAGAUGUAAAAAUAUAAUUUUUAGUUAAAAUUAAUUUAUUUGAACUUAUAAAGUGGCGGAGGAUAUUAUGAUGAUGCUGGUAAAGGUAUCAAAAUUGGAAAUUGGUUGGAAAUUUCAGAUGGUUUUUUUAGUAACAACUAAGUUACUUUGAAUGGUGUAUAUAAAAAUGGAAAAAAAGUAGGUAGAUGGGAUAUUUGGUUUAAAAAUGAAGGAUUAAAUAAAAAGAUGUAUAUAUAUACAUUUUAGUUUAAAAUUAAUUUAUUUGAACAAAUUAAGUGGCGGGGGAGUUUAUGAUGAUGAUGGUGAUGGUAUUAAGAUUGGGAAUUGGUUGGAAAUAUCAGAUGAUUUUUAAGAAUUCUUAUAUAUUGCUUUGAGUGGUGAAUAUAAAGAAGGAAAAAAAGUAGGUAGAUGGGAUAUUUGGUAUAAGAACAAAGAAAAUAAUGAAAAGAUGUAAAAAUAUAAUUUUUAGUUAAAAUUAAUUUAUUUGAACAAAUUAAGUGGCGGGGGUGUUUAUGAUGAUGCUGGUGAUGGUAUUAAGAUUGGUAAUUGGUUGGAAAUUUCAGAUGAUUUUAAUGAUUACAAAUAAGUUACUUUGAAUGGUGAAUAUAAAAAUGGAAAAAAAGUAGGUAGAUGGGAUAUUUGGUUUAAAAAUGAAGAAAUUAACUAAAAGAUGUAUAAAUACCUUAUAUAGUUUUUGUUAAAAUCUAAUUUUCAAAUUUAGUGGUGGUGGAUUAUAUGAUGAUGCAGGUGAUUAAUAAAAAACAGGUAAUUGGGUGGAAAUUUCAGAUGAUUUUGAUUAUUACAAAUAAGUUACUUUGAAUGGUGAAUAUGAAAAUGGAAAAAAAGUAGGUAGAUGGGAUAUUUGGUUUAAAAAUGAAGAAAUUAACUAAAUGAUGUAUAAAUAUCUUAUAUAGUUUUUGUUAAAAUCUAAUUUUCAAAUUUAGUGGUUGUGGAUUAUAUGAUGAUGCAGGUGUUUAAUAAAAAACAGGUAGUUGGGUGGAAAUUCCAGAUGGUUUUUAUUAUUGCAAAUCAGUUACUUUGAAUGGUGAAUAUAAAAAUGGAAAAAAAGUAGGUAGAUGGGAUAUUUGGUUUAAAAAUGAAGAAAUUAACUAAAAGAUGUACAAAUACCUUAUAUAGUUUUUGUUAAAAUCUAAUUUUCAAAUUUAGUGGUGGUGGAUUAUAUGAUGAUGCAGGUGAUUAAUAAAAAACAGGUAAUUGGGUGGAAAUUUCAGAU